GGCUGCACCUGCAACCUCACAAGAGUCCUCCCACGACGUGAACGAUCACAUCCUGGCAAUCCGUCGCCAUUCAUCAUGGAGACUGCACACAAGGCAUGGGAGCUUGACAACAAGGUCCAACUCGUUGAUCCUCAGCGCGAUGCUCUCUACGCAUACGAUGCCGCGGAGCAGAAAGCAAUAGGAGAUGCAAAGCCAUGGAAGACCGACCCCCACCACUUCAAGAAUGUACGAAUUUCAGCUGUAGCGCUUCUGAAGAUGGUCAUGCACGCGCGGUCUGGAGGCUCGAUCGAGGUUAUGGGCUUGAUGCAGGGAAAGAUUGCCGGAGAUACCAUUAUCGUGACCGAUGCGUUCCGAUUACCAGUCGAAGGCACAGAAACCCGAGUCAACGCACAGGACGAAGCGAACGAAUACAUGGUUGGGUACCUCCAGGCAUGUCGUGAUCAAGGCAAGCUCGAGAACGCCGUGGGAUGGUAUCACAGUCACCCAGGCUACGGAUGCUGGCUUAGUGGUAUCGACGUUAGCACGCAGGCAACGCAGCAAAUGUUCUCCGAUCCCUUCUUAGCUGUUGUCAUCGACCCCGACCGUACCAUCUCUGCUGGCAAAGUCGAAAUCGGUGCCUUCAGAACAUACCCUGAGAACUUCAAGCCCACCGAUUCUGGCUCUGCAGAUGGAUACCAGACUAUUCCUUUGGCAAAGGCUGAAGACUUCGGUGCACACGCAAGCAGAUACUAUUCUUUGGAGGUGUCUCAUUUCAAGAGCUCUCUCGAUACACAUCUAUUGGAGCUGUUGUGGAACAAGUAUUGGGUGCAAACGCUGAGUCAAAGUCCUCUCUUCACCAACCGCGAGUAUAGCAGUAAGCAGAUGCUAGAUCUGAGCAACAAAAUUAGACAAGCCGGCAGUGGGAUCACGCGUGCCAGCAGAACUCCUACAGGUGGAAGCGCAAACAAGAAUAUGGAUUCACAGCUGGAGAAGGUGUUGAGGGAUAGCAAUAAGAUAGCUGGAGAGGAGAUGACGGGUUUGAUGGCAGGAGAGGUGAAGGCAAAGCUAUUCAAUGGUUUAGGAGAGGGCCCUAAGGAGCAAACGCCUCCAGCUGCUGUACCAAUUACAGAACAGGUUGAGCCUUGAGUGGUUUUUGGGCGGGUCAUUUGCAGUGAAUGUGAGACGUGGUGGGGCCUAUUGAAAUGGGCAUAUGAGCAUUGCGUUGGCGUAGACUUCACCAAAAGGCGUUCAGGUGGAUGAUAUGACGAAAAUGGCUACCGGAGCCUAGAAGUAGACAAUGGCCCUUAUGAUAUGAUGAGCCAACCGAAUAAAUCCUUUCUCUCGA